UGUAGGAGAAAAACUAGGUGACUGAGGUUGACUAGAAUAAUAAGAAAAAAUAUCCUGAUAAUUCUGUAUCUUGUCAUGAAUGUUAUUGAUAUUCAAAAAAGGUUGGGAAUGAGAAUUACUGUCCACAAUAUAAAAAUCUUCUGAAAAAAUGUCAUCAACAGAGGCCGGUGUUGCGUCACCGGUGGGCGUUCCCCAAUUGACGUCAUCGCUUGUGUCAGAAAAAGUGUCAUGGCAGCUUAAGGAAUGAUUUGAAAAAAAACAAGCAGGAUUACCGGUAAUGACGGGUGAAUCCUGGACGGGGUGAAACUUGCUGUGUCCAUGGGGAGGAAUAAGUGGUGCUGGAACAUUACUGCCGUGCGGGGGACCUCUCCACUGGACCCCCCGCCUCUUCGGGGCAGCGCGAACGGCUUCGGAGGGGACUUCAGGCCCACAGUCAAGUCUUUCCUGCUCCCAAGCCACGAGCUCCAACCACAAACCCAAGUCGAAGGGUUCCUCCCGUGGUUUCGACGCGGAAAAACAUUUUGAUGCUCGGAUCCUACUGUGACGCUUGUGUGGCAUUGUAAUGCCGGAUUGGUUCUUCCGGGGAUGCGUCGAAGCGAUGAACACAACAAGAUCGCUCUAGCUGCUGGUGGCCAUGAUUGUAAACAAUGUGAGGAUGUGAGGAGCCCUACAACCCGUGAUGUCACGCGCACAUGGUCUGCUACUUCCGUAUGGCAGGAGACUGGAAGCCAGGUGAUCUGAUCUUUGCAAAGAUGAAGGGUUAUCCCCACUGGCCAGCAAGAAUUGAUGAAGUACCAGACGGUGCAGUGAAGCCCUCCAACAUCAAGUUGCCCAUUUUCUUCUUCGGAACCCAUGAAACUGCAUUUUUAGGCCCAAAGGACAUCUUUCCCUACCAUGCCAACAAGGAGAAAUACGCCAAACCCAACAAGAGGAAAGGCUUUAAUGAAGGAUUGUGGGAAAUUGAAGAAAAUCCAAAAGUGGAGCUGACGGCACCCAAGCCUGUUUGUCCUGAAAUUCUAUCUGAAAAGGAUUGUGACACCGGCCCAGAAGGAGAGGAUGAAGCGGAAGAUAAGGAAAGGCAAUCCCCCAAAACUGGUCUACCCCCCGUGCUGAUGCGUCUUGGGUGCAUUCAGGUGCCAGGAAGGGAGGAGGAAGAGGAGGGACCCAUGGUGUCUGAACAGGGUCUUCAGAACCCGGAUGAUUCAGGCCAGAGUGAUGUGCCUAAACCCAAGAGAGGAAGAAAAAGAAAGAAUGAUGGUGAGCAGGAGGCUGAAAUAAACGAUGCUCCGCCCGUGAGUCCUGCGAAUCCCGCAGGUGGGGAAGGUCCUAAACGAAGAGGUAGGAAGCCCAAAAGUGAAAAAUUGCUUUUGCUGCAGCAUCAGGACCAGCAAGGCUCUGAAAGAGAAAUAGAUGCCGCCGAGUCAGACAGAAAGAGAAAGAGGACGGCGGAGGACAAGUCCAAGAGCGGCGAGGAAGAUAAGCGGAGGAAAGAGAACGCCAAAGGGAAAGACAGUGAAGGGAAAGAUCCGGAAGCGAAGAAGAAGAAGAAUCUGCAGUCCAAGGAGGCUACCUCCUCAGGCGCCUCAGAUGAUGAGGAGAAGACCAAAGGCAGGAAAAAACAUCAGAACUCUGAAACGGACAAAGACGCACGUCGGCGGAAAGACGAAGCAAACAAAGAUGACGUAAAGAAGAAUGAAGAGCGGGCUGGAGCCAAGAAAAAGGAAAUAUCCACAGAUGUGAAACUCCAGCGGCUGCAUGGUGAUAUCAAGAUUUCCCUGAAGAUAGACAACCCCGAUGUGAAGAAGUGUCUGGACGCUCUGGAUGAGCUCAGCUCCCUUCAGGUGACCACUCAGCACUUGCACAAGCAAAGCGAGCUAAUCGCCACUUUAAAAAAGAUCCGACGGUUCAAGGCCAGCCAGGACGUGAUGGACAAAGCCAGCAUGUUGUACAACAAGUUCAAGAGCAUGUUCCUGGUGGGAGAAGGUGACUGCGCGCUCAGCCAGGUGCUCAACAAGUCCUUGGCUGAGCAGCGGCAGCACGAGGAGGCCAAGAAGGGGACGCUGAAGAGAGCGGAGCAAGCGCGGGAAAACAACACAGACAAAACCAACGAUGGCGACCCGAAACUUGACGAGAACAAGCAGGAACCACGUGAAGACGCCUCGACUGGGGAGACCCUCAGUGUCCCCAGAACCCAGGAAGUCCUAACCUGAGUCCCCAAGGAAGACCUCAAGACCUUUGCUGCUGUUCUUUACACUGGGAUGCCGUCUCCACCUUGAUCACCGCUCACCUGAACCGGUUUGUCUGCGCUUUCAGUCCAUUGGUGUUAGUAGGAGUAGUUGUAGACGACGUUAGCAACUUCUGGCGGGUUCCACCCUACCAGAUCACCACAAGCACCUUUUAGCCGCUUCAUUCCAAAACAUUCUUUUAAACUUGUGUAAAUAAGAGUAUUUUCUGUGCCUUUUUCUGUUUGAUCUGUUCCAGAGUCAAAUAAUAAAGUAGUGUCAACAUGUUA